GGUGUUUUCGGGGAAAUUAGCCCGCAUGUUCACUUCAGACGACCGUGGGUCUCGCUGCACCCGGGAGCAAACACCCUACUUUGUUCAAACACUGAUGACACGCUUGCUGUCUUCCCAUGUUUGAACAGAGGACAAUGUGAGUUAGGUCUACACCCCCGUAAUUAAGUAGUGUUUUCCUACGGCUGACAUUUCAACUAUCCAUUUAAGAGCAUUGUUGUAUUUAGGUUUAUAAUUAUUCAUAGGCAGUGGCGCAUCCACUGUUAGUGCCGCCAGGGUGGGCCAUCCUGUUUUGCCACCUCUGGCCGCGAAAGAAAUUCUGCAGUUAGCCGAAAAAACAGCAGCCCCUUCAAUAUGAGGAUAAUGUGACCCGUGGAGUGGACUGUCCCCUCCCUACACCAUUUGUGCUUUCUUUAUAUUAACUUCGCCUAAGUUCGUGUGUUUCUUUAUGGCUGGAUGUGUGGCAAAUUCCCCGGACGGUUCGUUGACUCACUUCCCGUCAAACCUAUCAAGCUGAAACUUAACACAUAGACUCCUUGCCAAUGACAACAAAUUCUUUCAAAAUUUCAGCCCCAACCGCCCAAAAAUAAAUUUUUUCCAGUUUUUCAAUGAGACGUCGAAGGAAAUAUGAUGCCAGUGAUUUCACGAAAUAAAAUACCCAAAUAACUGCGCUAAGUAAGAUUCUUUUAUUAAGAAAUAUCGCAAGUGCGUUUGGUGCGCAACAUUUUACGUUAUUUAUGGUUCUGAAAUAGUUGGUGUAAUAAAUUUGCGGUGCAAAAGCGUUUGGGUUAUUAGAAUAUAUUUAUAAAGUAAAAUAAUUUGAAGUGCUGAUCAAGAAGUUCAACCACAAACUUUGCUUUUAUGGGCUUUUUAAUUAUCUCCCAGGUCAAAUUUGAUUUUUUUAGAAGCGUUAAUUCCUAUCAAUAGUUUGUUUGUUUGUUUUUUUUUAAUUGUUGGAUUACCGAUUUCGUAAAUCCAUCUCUGAAAUUCACUUAGCGUAUGUUAAGAAGAUCAUCAUCUUAAAAAAAAAAGAACUAUACACAUAAAAAUACAACUAAUAUUUGUCAUAGUAAUAAUGUUAAUAAUAAUAAUAUUUGAAAAAUGCUUAAAAUCUCCAGAGACCAGAACAGCAAUAUAAUUAAAUAUGUGUCCCCCUCAUUUUGACUUAAAAAGAAGGCAGCGAAGGAUGGAAACAGAUUAUAUGUAAACCGAGAGAAAGAGAGAGAGAGAGAGAGCGAGAGAGAGAAAGAGAGAACGGAAAAAAGAAAUACAGAUAGGGAGAGAGAGACAGAGAGACAGAGAGGGGUGUAGAGAUUUACAUAUAAAUAGAGAAAAGACGAUGGAAAAGAAAAAGAAAUAAAAACCAGAAUAAGACGGUUCGAGGGAUAGAGUGAAUUAGUUUAGUUAGAGUAGAGAAAGAUAAAUACUCUAGGGACACUCCUAUAUAUACGACAGAAUAAACCCAAAACAGUUCCCAUAAAAUCCAAUAUAUUAAUUGUUAAAAUCUCUCUCUCUCACUCUCUCUCCUCUCUCUCUCUCUCUCUCUCUCUCUCUCUCUCUCUCUCUCUCUCUCUAUUUGCCUUGAGACUACGGAAAGCGCACUUUCGCAUUUGCUGGUCCAACAAUUUGGAACGCCCUUUCUAUCGAUCUCAGAAACAACCAGACACUGGAGUCCUUUAAAACCGAUUUAAAGACACAUCUAUUUCGCAAACACCUUCUGGGAUGAUUGUCUACCGUAUUUUCCAGUUAAUGCAUAAUGGCGGUGUUGCUCAUGGUUGAAAUGUCUAGAAAGACUUUGACAUUGUAUGCUUGUAAUUAGUUUUUGUAGUGUUGCGUUUGUUUUAAAUGUGGUCAAUUAUAGAUAUGUUUUUUGUUGACUUUGUACCGCGCUUCGAGCCUUUGGGGAUGAAGCGUGUUUUUUUAAAUAAACUUUAUUAUUAUUAUUAUAUAUAAGAUUAAAAGCUGGCUGAUUUGUUCCUGGAAAUAUCUCUAUUAAUUUUUAACUCUGUCAUUUUAUCAGUCUGCUUCUCAUUCAACGGUUUUCUUCUACAAUUCUUCUCAAGUAUUUAUAUAUCUAUAUCAGUUAUUUUAUCGCCAUAUAGAUCUUGCUGUGAAACACGUAUCAAAUAUGUUUUGAAUAUAGUCAUUGUAUACUAUCGUCAGAAGGGCUUCUAACCGAUCGCUUAUUCAACAGUUAUGAGAUUUCACAGUGAUUUUAUUCUAUUCUUUUAAAUAUCUUUUUUUUUUUUAAUAUCCCGUUGGUUGAAAAGGAUUGUACAUUUCUGAAAAUAUAUUUAUCGAUGGGACAAAAAAAAACAACUUCAGAGAAUCUUUUACCAAACAAACUUAAAACNUAUAUAUAUAUAUAUAUAGGUGUCUUCAUCGCCAUUCUAGUAGGCGUUCAUUUCACGGCUGGCCACGACACUUCUUUUACAAUUCCAUGACUAUGGACGUAUAGGUUAUGUUCAAUGUUUAUGAAUUUGAAUCUUUUUUUUAUAUUUAAGUUUAAAAAAAACCAACACCUGAUCAACGAGAAAUAUUGUUUCGUCCGUCUCUCUUUUGUAUAUUAGAGGUAUAUCUCACUUUUGUCUCUCUUUCUAUAGUAUUCUAUACUGUAUGUCAUCUUCCGUUGAUCCUCUUGUCCGUCUGUGUAGUAAAGACAUGUAACUCGCUGCUAUCCCUCAAGCUCUCUUUAUAUAAUAUAUGUUUAUCUAACUUCUAUCCCUCUGUCAGUCUCCUCCAUCUCUCUAGUGUUAUAUUUGUCGCCCUCCUUUUAAACCUGCAUUUUUUCUUUCUAUUAUUAUUCAUUAAGGUUCUAGUGAUAUGAAUAAUUCCACAAUAUCUGCUUGACAAUGUUGGCAGAUCUUCAUGGACUACAAAUCGACUACAACUUAACUACACUACAGUGACUACAACCUAUUUCGAUAUUUUGCUGAUUGAUUUUCGGUUCUAAGUUGGUGCUGCAUGCAGCCGGAUAAUCGACUCAUAAAAAUCAGACCCUCUAAUGGCGAAAAUACAAUUUCGCUUUGAGCAGUGUGACACGCCCACGGUGAACAGCAGCGUGACACGCCCACAGUGAAUAAAUGCAUGACACGCCCAUGGUGAACAACUGCGUGACACGCCACUCAUCGAACAGCAGCGUGACACGCCCAUGGUGAAAUAACCAGGUUUCACUGCAGACCCCGUGGGUCAGAAAUUCGGGAAUAUCACAGGUCGUUAUCGAAAGGAAUCUCCAACGAUGGUGAAAGAAGAGAACAGAUUACCGCGAACGGCGCAUCGUAGAGAAAGGUGAUCUUUUAAAAAAAUAUAAUUUAUUUUAAAAAAAGUUAAUAAUAAUGUAUGUGUCAUUACAAAUACACAGUUAUUUAGAAGCAAACAUUCGUUCUAGGAGUAAAAGGAUUUUCUAAAUUAUUUUUAAUAGUUAAUUAGGCAAUCACCUGAGGUAGUUAAGAUAACCGCCAUGAAAAUACUCUUCAGAUUUAAUGUCCCUUUAUUUUUCCACACGAAUCGCAAAAUAAAAAAUUAAUAAAAAAGAAGCCAUGCAGGUCUCUAAAACAGUUCUACAUUGGAGUAAGCUCCCUUUAAAAAUCUAAACUGGAAAAUAAAAGCAUGAUGCCUUCAUACAAUUUAUAAAUAGCGCCUAUCCCUACAUCUAAAGUCAUGCUUUCACGAUGAACUAUAAUUUGAAAACAGAUUGUACACGUUUGAUACUUGACUAUAAUUUAAAUUUUAGACCUUUACAGGUAUGUAAAUGCAUUUUAUUAAAGUGUCAGUAAAGUCUUUAAACUUGUGAUGUUGCAAAAAAAAAAAAAAUCAAUAAAAAUAGCGAUGCAUGCGAAUAAAAGGAAAUAAGUCUGGAGCGGCCAGUACGAUACUUAUGGCCGAUUCCUAUAGCAGGAUUAGCACCAAUAAUACGGAUCAUCAAACAUAUCAAGCCUAGCAGUAUUUUAUAAAUUCCACUAAUUGUAAUUGGUUAAAUGAAACAGUUAUUAUGCUUUGAAAAGUGUUUAAAAAUAAAAUUUUGUUGUUAAAAAACAUUUUUUUUUUCGUUAUAUUGUUGUGACAUGUUUUGCUCCGAGGGGCACUUGACUUUCUGGAUUUUGCCUGCCGGAAACUGUGCCCUCUAUGAGCAUGCUGAUUAAUCCCUGCACAUGGCAUGGUAAAAUAUUCGUACUGUGUCAUCUCUAUCUCACCUGGCACGCUAGUAUCGUUAUGUUAAACUUUUUGACUUAUGUCAAUUAAACUUGUUCUUAUAAUGGUACCUUAUGUAAUGGGUCAAUCUUAUGUAAUGGGGUCAAUCUUAUGUAAUGGGGUCAAUCUUAUGUAAUGGGGUCAAUCGCUCAUUUUAAAAUUGUCAAAAGAUCGUUUGGUAAUGUGCUAAAAACAUUAUUUAAAACAAACAAAAAUAUGGUUUAAAAAAAAACAAAAUUUUUAUAGGGGUAUGAGACAUAAAUCAAUGCGCAGUGGGUGCGGAGCACACACAUUUGAGAAACACUGACGUAUAUGGAGCCAUAGCACUAUUCAAAAGCUUCCCUUUACCAGUAAAGUUCGUGCUGGCUUUGACCAGAUGUUCCCAUACCUUUCUAUAUCCUACAUCACCUGCGAAUCAGUUGAUAAGUCCCACACCCUAUAAGAAUGUAUGGUCCUGCAUCAGUUAAAAAAUGAAAAAAGAUGCAUUUUAAAAUACGCACAAAAAAACAACACACACACACACAUACAUACACACACAUACACAAACCAGAUCUGUAAAACAUUCCUUUAAAUGCAAAGGAGAAUCUACAACUUAGAAAAUAAAGUAAACUAAAAUGUAAAUGAAUACAAGAAAAAUAUUAUAUAUAUAUAUAUAUAUAUAUUUAUUUAUUUCAUAUCUUAAAAGGUAAUGUCUACUCUUUGAUUUUAAAUCCCUUUCCUCGGACCCUCUAACAUGUCACCCCCACGCCACCCCCCCCCCCCCCCCCGAUAUUGGAGUCGCGAGCACCCCAGGUGGUGAUUUGCAAGAGCAUUAGUUUCUUAACUGCAUAUGGACUUCUUCAGAAAGACUAUAUGUCAAUCAAUCAAUAGAUAUUUGGAAAAUAAAAUAAAAAUUAAAGUAACUUAAUACAUUUUUGAUGUGGAGUUUACAAAAUAGGAUAAGAAGUGCGAGCAUUCGUUGGAAUAAUUUGAAACAUAAAUACAGAUCGAGUCCAUGUUUCUCACUGCUUGCACUGUAACAAUACGCUGUAAAUGUUCGUACUUUGCAUGAAGUAUUGAUAACUGUACAUUUACAUAGUGAGUUGUUGUUUGCUGUUGUGUAUAAGGCAGAGAGCCCUUAAACUAGUUCAGAACGGUUAAAUAGAGUUCAUCACUUAAAGGUGUUCUAUUUAAAAUCUGUUUAAGGAUGCCAAAGAUUCGAUCUAUUAAAAAAAAUGCAUUUUCUUUUUUUUUUUUAAUUUUUUUGGUGAAAUAUUCUUGGCCAGCAUCAAGAUGUGCUGAAUAUUAUCAGGCCGCCUUGAAAUCUGGCAGAUAUUUCAAUAUGGACAUUAAAAGUAUCAGAAUACCAGGCUUGGCAUGGAUUCACGUAGACUGUAGAGCCAUCAAUUUUGAAUUUAAAUUCAACGCAGGACAAAUUCAUUUUUUGGGGCUGUGCACGUCAGCGAUUCAAUAUUUUCUUCUCAUUCGCCAUACUCCGUGCUAAAUGUGUUAGUUAAUUUUAAAAAAACAACAACAACAACAAAAUGCCAAACAAAAAAAAAAAAAAAACAACAACAACAAACUUCAUGGUUCUCAAAUCCGAAAAAAGCACACACAAAAAUAUCGUCUAUCGGUAUACAUUUAAACGUGAUCAAAUUCACACUAUUGAUAUAUGUGUGUUUUUUUUCAUCAAUUAUUUAUUUUGAUCUGAUCAAAUAUAUUGACCUUGUUUCCUUUUGGUGUCAGAUGCCAAUUGGUUUAUCUCAAUGUGUGUCAAUCUGUCUGAAGAUAUGAAUGAAAAAACUUUAAAGAGAAAAAAAACUAUUAUAAAUUCCGCAUGAGAGUUUUCGUUAUCCAUUUAUGCUUACCUAUUUAUCAUAUUCAUUAACUUUAUAGGGACAGUGCAUGUAGUUUGUCAAAUGUGUUGGAUUAGCUUGUGAACUGCGUUCAAGUGCUUAAAUCUUUGGUUCGUGGAUAGCGUUAGGAUAUCCUGUGUGUUCUAUGGAGUUAUCAUUGGUAUGUCACUGAAGUUAGUGUACGCAGUUAGCCGUAUUAAUAUUCCAUACAUAGUAGCUUAAUUGAGCGCGGUUGACUUGUCCUUCCACAUCUGACUCUUAUAAAUCGGAAUCGGAUGCUAGUGGAAAAAUUAACGUUUUCUUCUUUAUUUUGAGGGCCCACGAUCAAUGAAUUGAUCAUUCUGGCUGAUAAUUAUUGUAUUCGCGUAUUCAACCAUAGGUACGAAAAUAAUGUCAUCUGUACUUACGAAAUCUUUAUUCUAUUAGUGUGUAAUAUGUCAUCUGAAUUUAGGUAUUAUUCAUUACAUUAUUGCGUAAUAUUUCACCUGAGCUUAGGAAUUGUUUAUUGUAUUAGAGUGUAAUGUGUCAUCCGAACUCGGGAAAAAUUCAGUAUAUUUUGUGACCUGUCAUCUUCCUUUAUGCAUCGAAUGAAGCGUAAUUCUUGUGAAAGGUGUUGCCCAACCCCAUAACUCACUUAUCAUUGUGUAUGCUUUUGCCUUUUUAUUCUUACUGCUUGUACCUACAUAACAUGAAAGUCAUUGUGUUGGCUCUCUCCCCAGUAACUCUAGUGUAUAGAUCAGUAGGUUGUCUAUUCUCAGAACGUCUAUUUCAUUCGUAAUUUAGAGCUAGGCUUUGUAAUCUUUCUAUUUACUGCAUGCACUCAUUAAUUAUAUUAUUUAAAACCAUUAUGGUUUUCGUUUCGUUUCUUUUUUAGUUAUAGGUACGGCUAUGUCCUGAUAUAAAUGAACAGCAACCUCGUAGACAAAACGAAGCCUGAAAAUCUAGUUUAGGCUUAAAUAUUAAGUGGGUCGUAUCAAUUUGGGGAAUAUUGUCGAAACAAAUGAAAUGGAACCUAUGAAUAUUAAACUUUAUUCGGCGAAGAUUAAUUAGACACGAACAAUUUGUGUCAAUAUAACAAUAUAAGUUAAGCUUUUAAUAAUACAUUUACAUAAUACACUUGUACUGAUGUAUUCUGUAAAAUUAUUAUUAAAGCUUAAAUUACAGUGUUAUAUUGACACAAAUCGUUCGUGUCUAAUUAAUCUAUUUUUAAAGCGUUCAGUCCAACACUUUUUAUUUGGCGAAGCAGGUCAAGCGGUAAAGCUUGUGACGUCUUUUAGAAUCAUCCAAAUCCACGUGUGCCUUUAUGCGGGAAGUUUCCUGUGCUGUGUGGAAAUGGUGUGUUAAAAAGUGUUGCAUUCAACAGCAUAACAAGAUUCGCAAAAAAAAAAAAAGAAAAAAAAAAAAGAAAUAAAAAAAAAAGUGUUGCAUAAAAAAGAAAAAAAAGAUUCGAAAAAAAAAAAAAAAAGAAAAAAAAAAGAGAAAUAAAAAUAUGGCUAAGGCUUUAUUGCUGACUGCUAUAAUGUAUAUAGUCGAAACGUUUUUGAUUUGUUUUCCGUUCGUUAUAUUUUGAGCGUCCACAUAAACCUUGUUCCACUUGUUCCUUCAAACAACUUGAACGCAAUCCUUCAUUUUAAUAUCAAGCAUGGAAGGCGAUUUGCUUGGGGGAUAUGUUGUUUUUGUUUUUUUUAAAUUAAUAAUUUAAGACAACCUGCUCGGCUCACUGAAAACGUUGAAUGUACGGACACGUGAAAAGAAUCAGCAUUCGAUCGAUCAUUGGGGCGUUCCUCCUUACACAAAGGCUGUAUACAGCAUGAAGCCAACAGAACGGCUGUUGUCAUAGCACAAAAGAACAGCCAGGAAAUCUCAGAUUAGAUCAGUGCCUGGUGAUGACAAAAUCCAUCUGUUAUACCCGCUGCACCAGACAACUUUAAGCCCCAAUACAUUUUACCCGCCAUAUACGUACACUUAGAUAGAAUCAGCCCCAAAAAACAAAUCCCAUGACUACCAUGGUCUCAAUCUGCUUUGACGGACGAGCAAAAUAACAUUCAAUUGCUGCUAGCGGAUUGAAGUUUGAUUGUUUUUCAGUUGUUGUUGUUUUUUAAUGGUCCCUUUCAUAUAUUUUUGAAAGUUGCGAUUUCAUAAGAGUAGUGAAAGUUUUCCUUUAAAUCCAUCAAUGGAAUUGGAAGAACUUAAGGUGAUGAAACGACCAGAUUUAUUUAAAAGCUCUGAAUAUUUCAUGUAAGAAAACAGUUUUUUAAUCUUAAAAUCUACACGUUCACAUAACAGUUUACUCGGUGAAUAAAUGAGUACUUUGUGUUCAGAACGUAAAGUUGUUGCUCCUAACCUUAGAGGACAUUGAAAACUAUGUAACAAUUACCACACAUACAAUAAUUCAUGGUAUGAAUGGAAUAAACGAAACCCGGGCACCAGAAUGUUUUCCUUCUAUAAAAAAAAUAUAUAUUUCUUGUAAGAUAUACUGAUUUAAAAUUGCGAGAGUGGGUCGCCAUUACGCGCGUCCAUCAAAUCAAAUUUUCGAUGUGUGUUGUUUCGGUACUUUGGUUGAAGUUAUUUAUUUACGAAUUUGUAGCUAACAACUCCUGUAGUUACAGAAAAAAAAGAAGAAAAAAUUUAAUUAUUUUAGUGUGCGGAUUAUUGAAAUCCCAAAGUUUUUUUAGCGAUGAAAACCAAAAAGAGCAUUAGGUAAAUAUAUAUAUAUAUUUUUUUUAAAUUAAAAGAAAGUUAACAUGCUUAAAUCAUUACGCUUUGAAGAUUUCAUAUUAGUUGUUUUUUUUUAAUGAUAAAUCAAACCAGUGGGAAAAGAUAGUUUCAAACUGUUAAUCCCAAUAAUUUUUAAUUUUUCUUCUUCGUCUUAACAGCGCCCUGUCGCGUAAAGCCAUCGGCCUCUUGGUGCUCAUCACAUCUUUCGUCUGCUUCUUCUUUCUGGCGACGUACAUUGGCACCGUCCCCACGAUACUGUCCUCAACCGUUCCCGUCAAAGAAGAAGUCUCGACGGUCUUGUCUCGGGAUCCAGACCCACACCCUGGAGCCAACACGGCCACGCUCACGACAACGAAAGUCCCCGAAGGGCCACGGGAUGUUUCAAAAGACAACACACCUGCUGCUGCUGUUGUUGCUCCCGUUGUGAACACGACCAGUUCUACAACCGAAAGGAAAAGUGCCGGAACCAACACCAAGAUAACAAAUGAAACUGAACCGUCAGAGGCGGGUUUUCCGGCCAAUGUUACUGUUUCAAAAAAUAAAAACAUUUCAGACGUCAUUUCUUCAGAGCUUCGCCAAAGUGCUGACUUGAUCGGUCAGUGCGAUCGCUUGCCUUUCCUUGCGUGCGAUCAAACGAAGCUGAACGUUUCUGUUACCAAGCAGUUCCGGGUCUCCGUUCUGCGACGUCCGUAUUGGUUGAAAGCUUUCAAUUUCCAGCAGUGUGACUAUUCCAACUGUCUUUUCGACGACUCCCAGGUUACCGAGAGCACGGAUCUAGUCAUCGUGUACGUGGGGGGCCUCAACGAUAACUACAGACCGCCUAAAAGAUGGCCCCACCAGAGGUACGCGGCGGCAGUCUGGGAAUCACCGCAUCACACGGGUGCAAGUUUUCUAUAUGGUCAGUACUUCACAGAGUCAAAAUUAAUUAGCGGCUCAUUUCAAGACUAGGCUAUAUUCGGGAUUAUGUUGAGGCAGAUACCUACUCGACUCAAAGUGCACGUAUCUUGUUAUCGUGUAAGUUUUGGCGCCCUUUGAAGUAAGGGCUACGGGCGUUCCACAAUCCUUUCUGAUAACGGUCUUAGCUUCCAAAGGAAAAGAAGUUUCACUAAAUUCAGGAAUCCCCCUCCCUCCCCUCCUCCCCAGACCAAUGGAAACGACAACAUAUUCAACUAAACGCCACUUCCUCACUGAACGUAACAGCCUUUCACAUCUAGUGUUGGUUACCUUUUCUAAUGGUAAUGCAAUGGUAUUCCAAAUGCAUGUUCUGCCCCGAAACAUUUCUGCAAAUGAAUUCAUGCAGUACUGAAAACUUGACCUGAGUUGGAUAUAUUUUUUUAAAUAAUUUUGUGCGUGGUCAAAGUGAAGUUUAAAAAUAAGACAGUAUCUUCAAAACGUAGAUUGCUAGUUAGUUGCUUUGUCGACUUUGAAUCGUAUUUAACUAUAUCAACAGUAUUUAGAUUCUUUUAAAAAUUAAAACAAAAGAAUUUAAAUACAAUCAAAAUACAUGUUACAUUCGUUUUCUGUUUGAUCAUUAUCAUUUUUAAACAUGCAUUGUCAUGUAAUAUUUCUUCAUGACUUGUCUUUUUAAUCUCGCCGUCGAUUUCAGACAACCACUCCGUCUGGAAUCACGCCUUCAACCUUACUGCCACCUACAGGACCGAUUCCGACAUCUUCCUCCCGUACAGCAGGCUCAGGUUCCAGCCCAGGCCUCUGAAAGAGAGACCCAACUACAGUAGGUCCAAUUUCUAGUAGUAUUAGAAGAAAUGAUGGAAAAACAAUCCUCAUGACCACCUUGCCUAAGAUUGAGAAUCACUCUUUCUGUCCAUAAACUGUAUUACACCCCUUUUCUUUCCCACUUGCAGUCUUAUGUGUUGUUGUUUAAAAAAAAAAGAUGAGAACUUAUUUAAAAUGCACAAAUUAUUAAUUAAAUUAUUAAAAACCUGUUAUAAAACAAAGGGAGUCUAUUAACUAAAAUGAAAUUAAAAAAUAAUAAGUCGAUUAUAAUCCUUUCAUCUAUCGAUCGACCCUUCGGAGAAGUUACCCUCCACAUUGCGACCUGAAAGAAGCAUGCUAUACUACUACUAGCAUCUGUGUAUGGGACGCGAGCUGCAUAUGCAGGAGCAUGAAAAUUAUCGGUAAAUCUACACAUAACAGAAGCGGAACCUCCGAAAUGACCGUCAUUGCAGUGCGGGGAAACGGCUAGUCACAUUGCUAGGCCCUAAUUAGUUGUUACUAGACGGCGUCCUUUUAGAAAUAAAUUUAGCGAUUGUAAUCUUAUAUAAUAAGCAAUGACCGUCAUUGCACUGCGGGGGAAACGGCUAGUCACAUUGCUAGGCCCUAAUUAGUUGUUACUAGACGGCGUCCUUUUAGAAAUAAAUUUAGAGUUUGUAAUCGUAUAAAUUAAUCAACGUGAACGGCGGAGAGUGGAAAUAAAGCUGCAUGGCUGAUUCAACUGGAUUGCAAGAUUGUAGACGAUUUUUUAGCGAUCACCAGGCUCAGCCAUCCCGCUAACUGUAAUUAGCUGAAUAGGUCAUUCAAUAAUACUAAUAAUGUUAAUUAAUUAUGAAUUCAAAAACAAGAAAUUAAUAUAAUUAGUAUUAAUGUAUGUUGUUUUUAUCUUGGUUUUGUUUCUUUUAAAUAAGUGUGCCUUUAACGUUUCACUAUUUGACCACGUUCUGCAGUCCUUAUAACCAGACGCGAUUCUUAAAAAAAAAAAAUAAAUCUCAUGUCCGUUUUACCAUUUGGAAUUACAAAAGAGCUGUCAAUUUCAUUAACCAGCGAGUCUCAAGCUGUAUUCACACUGAGGGCAACGGGAGGACGAAUUUUCUCACACACAUUAUUUUGCAAAAAAAAAAAUCUACACACUUAUAGACAUAAACACUCACAUAUACUCGUCGUUAUCAUGAGCCAUCGCUAUGUUUAGUUUAUGCUUCCGACUCAAACAUUUUUGACACCUUUGAGCCAUGAGGGCGUGGGGUUGGCGGGUGGGGGCUGCUUCCUUCCAAUAAGUAUCAUGUGUUUGAGAACCGCCUCCUGAAUACCACCAUCAAUCACUACGAACCCAUCCCCUUGGCUCCGAAUUGUCAAAAAAUUUGUUAACAAGCUCGAGCCAGUAGACAUUUAGCCUAAAGUUAGCCAAACGCAGACCAGGACGUCAUACCUACACAUCAUUGGUUUUAUUACUAACCACCCUGCUAAAUUCAAAAAGUGCUUUGAAAAGUUUAACAAAAUUGUACCAUGUCGUGUCAACGUACACACAUAGAGUGACGACACCCCACUCCCCAACACAAACACACACAAAUUCCCGCACAGCUUUACCUAAGGCAGGUACAUUAAAAGCUAAACAUGGGGGGAGGGGGAAGAGGUAAAGAAGGGGACAUAUGCCCCCAGGUCACCAGAUCAGCUUUGCGCCAAAAUGAGCUUCAGUGGUGUUUGAUUGAUGAGACUAUUGGCGCUCAUAUUCGAGGUGGGAGCCGCGAAAUGACUCUUUUUUUUCGAGAACUCCACAUACGCCUCUGUAUAAAACUCUCAGACCCCAUGAAGUCGUCUUAAUCACGUGGGUCCUCCUGUUUUUAAUUGCAUUACUUAUAAACCAACAAUGUCUGCCUACUGUGAUUGAUAAAGUGUCACCACCACCCCCCCCCCUCUACAUACAAUAGUUUAGUUCAGCAAUCACGUUGAAACGCAGAGUUGUCAGACCAUUCUUAGAAAAAUUUGAUCAAAAACAACAAGAGGCUCGGAGCGGCGGUGGCUGGGACUACAUGGAAAUGCAUGUACCGAAUCUCUCACGCAGUCAUAUCAUCGGAGGUUGUGAAGGUCUUUUACGACUUGACGGCGUACUUACAACAAAAAAAAACACCAAAAAAACUAUGUGUUUGUUGUUCUUUAAGGUAGAAUUAUGUCAAUGGGCCUGUGGAAUUAGAUGCGGGUGUCUCAGCGGAAACACCUCCAAUGGACAGUUUCUUGGUUUCAUUGUAUAUAUCACUCAGCAGCAGGCGAUUAAAGAUGUACAUGGAGAUGUGUAGGACAAUGAUCGCUGCGUUGGGCGGUCACCGACCCCAAGGUGGCUCGUGUUACUUUAUAUUAGGGGACGACAUUUUGCAUAUGGCGUGGGUGGGGGGGGGUGUAGAAAGGGAUUGGCAAACAUCUUGGUCCGUUCCGUUUAGAAUUAAAUGUAGAAAACGCCAAGGGCUACAUGAGCACAGCGUAAAAUUUUAUUAACAAUUUUUUAAUAAAAUAUUUGCAUUUUUCCUACAGUUGAAAUAGCCCAGAGGAAGAAGAAAACUGCCGCCUGGUUUGUCAGCAACUGUGAGACGCCAUCGAGACGACGAGAGUACGUCAGAGAGUUGCAGGUAACACCUGAUUGGUUGUUGAAUAGGGAUGUGGGUCAUAUAGUCUACUUUAGACGGGGAAGUCAUCAACGACGUGGUCAGAGGGUUACGACCAGAGUGUGGGGUGAGGGCGGGGGGGGGCGGUCUCCAGUUUUCAACCCUGAAAGACAACUUAUGCGAUUUAUUUUUUCACUACACCAAUUCACUGCGGAGAGUCAAAACCUGGGUAGUUCAGGGGGAUGGGCUAAAAUCCCACACCUGCGAAAACUGACCACCGGUCGUUAAGGCAUAGAGUGCAACAGGACGAGUGACAGUAGUUAAAAACCAAGCUCAUUGGAAUGCAGACGUCGGUUCCUAGUUACUGUGAAAUGUCCAAACAGAAAGAGGUGUGCGGGAAAAUUUGUUAAAACAGACUGCAGGGGUACCGCAGAUAUCUGUGGAGACCGUCCUAAAAAAACUUUGGACUUUCGGAUUGCACGCGGCGCGAACAUUAGUUAUCAAAUAGUUAAUGACAAAUUUCCACUGAAGAUAAAGCAGGGAAUUAAUCAUAAUCCCAGUUCAAGGACGUCAGUUGAGUAGGGCAUGGAGGUGCAUGUGCCCUAAAUUUGAAUGACCAAGAUUAAAAAAACAAACUAGUUAUCAAUAUCUCAGACAGCAGAAAAUCAAACGUAAAACACAAAAAAAUAUAAAAAUAAGUAGCUGAAAACUAUUCUGUAGUGAAGGAUAUUUGUCAGUUGGUUCUUCCUAGCAAAAAAAUCAAAAUAAUUAUACAUUUUUACUUCUUAACGAUUAAUUAUUAAUAUUUUUUUUUAAUCUAGGAGAUUAAAUUUCCCAAUUUAAAUAGUUAAUUUCAAAAGUAGGAUUUCAAAAACAUUUAAGGCUAUCGAAAAUACCCCUAUCCAAGCUUAACAUCAUCGGAUUUUUUCAAAUUUAUGCACACAAUAAAUAUUGUUUAGACGUGCAUUUUUCCGUCAUAUUAUUGGAUCUUCUUCUUAUGCCUUUUUACCCUGACUGGGUUAAAGGCUGCCCACAUGCAUUUUCCAUUCACCAAAUUCCUGUGAUUUCCUUUCCAGUUGCUUCUAGGUGAAUCCCAUACCUUGCGUGUCUGCCUGUAGCUCACGACUCCAUACAUUCUUUGGCCUUCCUUUCUAUCUUUUCCCCUGUGGACUAAAUUUUAGGGAUUUUCUGGUGAUAUAAUCUCGGAGUUUUCGGAGAGUAUGCCCUGCCGACCUCCAUCUGUUCUUCAUGAUUUCGUCAUCAAUAUGGCACCUAGUAAGACCUUUCUAGCAGAUUUUUGUUGGUAAUGGUAUUUGGUCAUUUGAUGUUCAGGAUCUUUGUAAGGAAUGUGUUUAAAAAGGUCUGUACCUUCAGCGUAAUGCUCGCUGUUGUCUUCGAAGUUUCUGCUCCAUAUUAGUAGGACUGUCUUGAUAUUUGUUUUAAAUAUUCUAAAUAUGGUGUGCAGUUUCAGCUCCUUCGACUCCCAUAUUUUCUUUAAUAGCACAAAUGCUGGUUCUAGCCUUUCGAAUUCUAGCUAUAACAAUAUUUAAUAGUCAUAUAAAAUAGUAUAUCUUUUUCUUUCUUUUUUUCUUUAUUUUAGAAAUAUAUCGACGUGGACAUCUACGGAGCAUGCGGCCAGCCCUGCUCCAAAGACAACCCCGACUGUUUGGCACAACUGCCCCGGCUGUACAUGUUCUAUCUCUCCUUCGAGAACUCGAUCUGCACGGACUACGUCACUGAAAAACUCUUCAAGCUCUUCGAGCCGGAAAUGCACAUCGUUCCCGUGGUGAGGGGCGGGGCCAACUACGACCAGCAUUUACCCAAGAACACGUUCGUCAACGCGGCCAACUUCAAGACGGCCAAAGAUUUGGCGCUGCACUUGAAGAAACUGGCCGGCGACUUGAAGGCCUACAGCAAACUGCUGGAGUACAAGGACAUGUACUGGUCCGACGGCAGUCAAGGGAUUGACGGAACUGCUUGUUAUGUGUGCAAGUUUCUAAACACAAAGCCGGUGGAGAGCAAGGUCUACGAUAUGAAAGCGUGGAUGGGAGACAACCACUGCAGAGAACCGAAUGACAUAACUUGACCAAGGGCGUAUCCCCCAUAGUUUACUUCCUCUCCAGUGUCUGACAACUAAACUGGUCAUGAUUAGAAAGCCGUGUGAACGUCUUAAGUUCGUCUUGGUUUCGGAGUAAUUUUUGGAUUGCGAAAGAACAAGUUGUCAGCCCAUAGACUUGAGAAUUUUUUUAAUCAUGUGAUUUAAAGCUCUUGAGCUCGAUUCCCACCCAGCCACCUUUGACCUUAAACAACUUGGCGUUAUUGGGUAAAAAAUAGAAGAAAAAAAUAAUCUUCUAAUUGUACAUUGCCACAGUAUUAUAGCAUGG